CUGACCGCAGGAACUCGUUUCCCGUGUUGCUAUAAAUACCUUGCAGCGUCCCCCGGAGAGCAGCUCUGGUUCAACCGGACCCCUUGCUCUCUUCUUUUAUCACCAACAGAAUGGAACUCUCGAUAUCGCCCGUCGAAGCUGAGGACGUGGAUUUGCUCGUGCGAAAAGUCGAAUAUCCUGCACACCAAGACGGCCCACUCUCUCGCUUGAUGUUCCCGCGCUCAACGGAGCAACUUUGGGAGCAGAGAGAGGAGGAGAUUAGAUGGACGAUCGAUGAACUUCUUGAGACGGUUGAUCAAGCACUGUACAAGGCGUGUGGAGAGGAUGGAUCACCUGUUGGACUUAUAGGCUGGACUACUAGUUCAGGGGGAUUGGCAAGGAAAGCUCGGAAUAGCUUCACUCCUGUCUCUUUGGAUGUUGCAUCGUGGCUUGGUAUCUCAAAAAGACUUCGAGAAGAGAGGCAAAGAGUUAUUCAUGGUUACACAGGCAAUGGAAUAUGCCGAAUCACUUUCAUGGCUGUGGAUCCAAACCAUCAACGUCAAGGUGUUGGGUCUACGCUCUUGAAGAUGUUUUGUGAUUAUGUUGACGACAAUGCACUGGGUGCCUUCGUUUUGUCCUCGCCUGCUGGUAUUGGGCUGUACUCCAGGUUAGGAUUCAAAGCCGUUGGAACUGUUGAAACACACCAAGGAAACUUUACCAGCAUGCUACGGACUUCAGGGAAAAAAUCUUAGACUAUGUGUUUCCACGGCAGUACCUCCGCGAUACUACUAAGGAAGAGG